UAUACGCCAUAUAAAUACUAUAUAAAUCUCGACAUGUAAUAGAAAGUAGAAGUAGAAAAAAAAUCCUUAUUAAAAAAAAACUGGAUAGGAAAAUGUUUUAUAAUGGUUAUCAAAAAGGACUAUAGAAAAUAUAUUUGGUGCAACGAAUAAUUCAAUCUUGAUACGGAUGUAUCGGAAAGUCUUUAAGACAAUGUGUAACAUAACGUGUAGGAAGGCCUGCAUGAUUCUCGUCGGGUUGUUCUUCCUAUUAACAUUCACAAGUUAUAUGCUUUUCUUUAACCAUGGAGCUCCAGAAGAAAUAAUGACAGCUAACAAGGGGAACAAACACCCUAAGUUCCGGCAUUACGCUGAGCGGGACGCUAAACACAUGGACGAGCUGGAGAAAGACAUUGCUGCUGAAGAGAAGAAAGCUAUAGAAUAUUGGGACAACUUUAUUCAGAAGAAUAAUUUUGUGUCUAUAGGGGAGAUUUAUGACAAUUGUGAUGAGAAGGACCGUAUGAUGGUGGGACGGACGAUUCUUAUACCUGACGUCAGAUGGGGAGGAUUGAAGGGUGUGACGUCACGCACGUUCAUUAACAUAACAUUGGACGAAGAUCUGGAAGGUGGUCGGUUCUACCUCGAGGUGAAAUACAACGGGAAUGAUUUAUUUGCCCGCAACUGGGAAUUAUGCAACCUCGACGAGGAUUAUGGGGAUGAAAGGCAGAUAUACUGCCCCUUCGCAUCAAAGGAUUAUUCGUUCGUAAAAGAUCGACAAAUCCCAAAAUAUCUGCCGAAGGGUCGGUACGAGACGAAAGGUUGGAUUACGGACCAAAAUGACCAGGUUGCCAUCUGUGGAUUUGCUGACUUCACGCUCUGAAGACAUUACAUCGAUUGAGUGCCGGGAUGCUUGAAUAAGAGGACAAUUCGAAACACAAAUGAGUGUGAAUAUUAAUUUUCUUUGCGGGUAUGGGGCAUUAAUUGGGGUAUAAUUCAUAUAAAUAUUAUGUUUGUUUGAAUGUGGAAUCAACAGAGAACUUCUGUAAAAUUGACUUGACUGAAAACAUAACUGAACAAUGUAUUGAUAUUGUUGUGUGUAUUUUGUGCAGUAUGUUUGGGUCGUAAGUUUGCUAUGUUCCCCAACCCAUGACAGUUUAGCCACUAAACAAGCUCAUUCACUUGUACAUGUGCUUUGUCUAUUAUUGCUUGCGGCCACCAUCCUUCAUUGCUGUAAGAGUCUUAUGUUUACUAUGGUUGUUUCCGUUAUGUGUCUGUUAGGUCUUAAACGUUGUGAUUCUUAACUGGUUUAUAGUUAAAUAGUAUUCCUAGUAGUUACUAAUGUAUGUUAGUUACGGUAAAGCCUUUUAUAAUUAUCAAAUUAUGUUAAAUGUCAAUUUAUGAAACGCUGUUUUAAGACGGUUGCAUUAAUAUCCAUUAAUAAAGAUAAUUAUGUUAACGUA